GGCACAAAGUAGGCUGGCAGCACAAGAGCCAUGUGUUUUAGCUCCACGCUUUGAUGGGUUCAAAAAACUUUUCAGAACUGUUUCUGAGUAACGCCGUGUAACGGGAAAGAAAGAGAGGAAAAGGAAAAGAGGAGGAGAGUGGGGGUGCAAGAGGCUGCAAGUUGCGAGGGAGAGAGAUGGGGAGCAGAAGGAGCUUCGAGCAAAGACAAACUGUCUUCUUUGUGGUUAUAUGAUUCCAGUUCUUGAAGGAUACAUUUCCUGGAAAAUAACUGGGAAGACUUUGCGAGACAAACAACAGUAGGGUGUUUUCUUCACUCCAUACUUUUCACCCUGCUACUGAAGCAAGCCACCAGCCACUUUAACAAUGCAGCGCGAGGAGCUGUCGGCCAGAGAGGAGUUCACCUACACCCACAUGCCCACUCUGGAGAGAGGAAAUGGGACACUGGGACGACGGGGUGACCGGGGAGCUGAGAGAAGGCCAGACCGAGGGGAGCGGGAUAGGUCUGAACGGGACAGCUACACAGUGGACGUGAGGGCCAGUGACCUGCAGCUGGCCCAGCCGGAGCCCCUAAAGCACCCCUGCUUCAGCUACAGGGCCUGGCUCUACAGUGUCCUCAUAGGGGGCUGUCUGCUCAUCACAUCUGGUUUCUCUCUGUACUUGGGAAAUGUGUUUCCUGUUGCCAUGGACUACCUGCGCUGUGCUGCGGGCUCUGGCAUCCCUGCAGCAAUAGCUAGUUUUGCUAUUGCCAAGAACAGACACGUUGCAGUGUCAGAUUUUCAAGUGGUCUAUGUGUCAACAUUUGCUGUGACGACCACAUGCCUGGUUUGGUUUGGUUGUAAGCUGGUCUUGAACCCCUCAGCUGUCAAUAUUAACUUCAACCUUAUCCUGAUGAUCUUGUUGGAGGUGUUGAUGGCCAGCACUGUCAUCCUGUCAGCCCGCUCUGCAGAGGACUGCUGCUGCCACAGGAAGUCGGGGUCAUACGACAGGCCUGUGAUUAUCAAACCUGCAGUCUUCCCCACUCGGCUCCUUAAAGCAUAUUCUGUAAUUGAAGUGAUUGUAGGAAUCUCGGCUGUAUUUGGAGGCAUUAUUGCGCUCAACAUGGACGCUUUGUUGCCUGGUCCCUACUUGUCUGUUACAUUUUUCUGGAUCCUUGUGGCUUGUUUCCCCAGUGCUAUUGCCAGUCAUGUUGUGUCAGAAUACCCUAACAAAUGCCUGGUGGAGGUGUUGAUUGCCAUCAGCAGCGUGACGUCUCCUCUGCUCUUUUCAGCCUCUGGCUUCCUCUCUUGCAGUGUGAUCAGCUUUAUUGAAAUAUUCCUGCAUGAUGUGCCUACAGCCAAACAAUCCUAUGACAUAUUGCUGCUGAUUCUGAUGGUGCUGCUGCUGGUGCAGGCAAUUCUUACUUCAGCCACUGUGGUGCACUGUGCCACCUACAAAAGUCAGCUUCGCAUGGGAGCUCCAGAGUGUGAUGACAACAUUCAGACCCAGAUGCAUUACUGUGAGGUAUGCCAGCAGCAAACAUCAAAUGGAGCAUUGCAGGAUUUUGACAAAGACAGAGCUUGGAAGGCAGUUGUGGUCCAAAUGGCUCAAUGAAGAGAACAUCCAGGAAUUUGGUGAGACCUGGUGAUAGAAGAAGGGUAAAACAAGUGCUAUAAGCUGCAAAUACAAGAGUAUAAUCAGAAGACAGAGAAUAUUAGAGCAAGAGGGAAAAGCAGUAUUGGAGAGACACGGAAAACUGGAGACUGGAAUAAAGAACAAAAUACACAAAAAUGAAGCAAAGAUAGGAGGAAAAAAAUUGAAACCGUGUACUUUGUUUUGCUUUUGUUAGUGUUUUUUUCUUACAUAGAUAAUGCUUUUAUGUGUGUUUUCCAUAUUGGUACCACUGUGGUAUUUUUUUGGUCGGGGGAUUUAAUGUAUUUUUACACUGUAUGCUAGUUGUACUGAAAAUAUGUGAGUCAACGGCAAGUAAUAGAAAAUAUCCCUAGCACAAAAUUGAAACAGUUCUUUAAAUAUCCUAAUUUGAAACAGUUUUCUGCCCGUUCACAUGUUGGUGACUAAUCAUGGUGGAACAUGCAACAGAUGCAAAAACUAAUGAAGCGUAUUUAAAUCCAUGGCAAAGUCUAACUCAGUAGCCAGGUUCCUUGUGUGGUAGUUUUUACAGGAGACCUGCUUUAAUAUAGCCGAUGUGCAGCAGUAUCAACUGAUGUAAAUGAUACUAACUGAAAGUAUGCCUUGUGCAAAAUAAAAUGCCAUCAGCACUAA